GUGCCGAGCUGCCUUCCUUGACGGGUACGCAAUCCAAUGCUAAUUCCCCCCAAAAGGAGCCUCGAUGCCGAGGCACGACGUCAAAUGUCCAGGACCCUUGUCGGCACUGUACUCCGCAAUUUAGUUUGGUUUCCCAUUUGUUCGAGUCGGUCGCUUCGAGAAGCCGAGCGAGACGGCAUGUCGCGACGUUUAGUCUGGUUUCUUCUUUUUUUUUUUUUUUUUUGGCCUUGCUGUUCAUCGUCGCAAACACUUGCUCCGUACUCCUCUGAUGUUUUCCUGACAGUUAGUUGUCGGCACUGCAACCGUUCUGUUGGACCGGUCCUCGGCUGAUUUUUGUUUUUGGUUGUUGCUGCUACUGCCGGUAUAGCUGCUACAACUGCUAGUCAUCUCGCACCUCAAUCAGGUGGUUUGCUAGCUACAUCUAUGCACACCUGCAACUAACCCAGAGGUUACAUGCAUCUAUUAGAACUAGCAUCUACCAAAUAAUUCUACACCGACACGAACAAUAAACGACAGCAAACGAUAAUCUUCUCUGUGCAACACCACCCUCGCGAAUUUACUUUCAGUCAGGAUCAAUCCGCCUUCAGCCGAGCUUUUUUGUUCACGAUUCGACAGGCGAAAGCUACUACCCACCCCCGUGCAACAUCAGCGGCAACUUAGUGUUAGUGUCACUCGAGCGAAAGCAAGACCAAAUAUUGAAUGCGGUCACCCUUAUAUUGGUCCUGAUUUCUUUUGUGAACCAAGAGCCUAUCAUAGGGCUUUGCUUGCUUCAUCUUCUCUUUUUUUCUUUUCCUCGUUGGUUGGAGGGGAGGAAAUCCGGAGGAGGACUGUUUUUUUUUUUGGUCACGGAUAAAAUAAGCAACUUGAAAAAAAAAUGCCUGUCCCAUUGGCCAUCGCGGCACCAGCAGCCGCUGCUGGUCUCGCCUACUUGAACGCAAAGGCACAGAUAUGGUACGACGGAAAGCUAGCUAGAUCCGUUCUGCCAUCCAUCAUCCGCAUGGCCUUGGCUGAGUACACUGGCCGCACAAGCUUGUUUUAUAUGCUCGAGGAGCGGGCCCAAGACAAGAGCUCGGCCGGCCGUGUUUUCAUCCGCUUCGGCGACCAUGCCUAUACAUAUGCCGAGGUCUAUACCAUCGCGCUACGUUAUGGCAAUUGGAUCCAGAAGACGUAUGGCGUAAAACCCCACGAUGUCGUUGCCAUGGACUUUAUGAAUUCGGACCAGUUUGUUUUCAUGCUCUUCGGCCUCUGGUCUAUCGGCGCCAAGCCGGCCUUCAUCAACUACAACUUGCGCGAGCGGGCCCUUUCUCACUGUGUCGCCGCCGCCAAGAGCAGAGUUUGCUUUAUCGACCCAGCCGUGGCCGACGCUUUGACGGAUUAUUUGCGGGAUGGACUGCCGGAAACCAAGUUUGUUCUUUUCACCCCCGAGGUUGCGGCAGAAGUCAUGGCCACGGAGCCGAUCCGGCCGCCGGAUGAAGUGCGCUACGAGACACAGCAACACGCCAUGGCCAUCCUGAUCUAUACAUCCGGCACAACGGGGCUGCCAAAGGCCGCCGUGGUAUCGUGGGCAAAGAUGAUAGUCGCAGGCGGGUUCACUAGCCGGUUGCUGAACUUGCAGACGACGGAUGUGUACUACACGUGCAUGCCACUAUACCACUCCACAGCAACGCUGAUGGGUCUGGGUGCGGUUCUCACGGCUGGUUCAACCCUUGCACUGGGCGUCAAGUUCUCGACCAAGAACUUUUGGAACGACGUGCGCCACUAUGACGCAACCAUAAUACAAUAUGUGGGCGAGACGUGUCGCUAUCUGCUUUCGGCUCCCACCAUAAAGGACCCCGCCACUGGCGAGAUCUUGGACAAGAAGCACCGCGUGCACACAGCCCACGGAAACGGGCUGCGACCGGACGUAUGGAACAAGUUCAAGGAACGGUUCGGAGUAGGAACCAUUGUCGAGUUUUACGGCGCCACCGAGGGCAGCUUCGCGACAUACAAUGUGUCGACCAACGACUUCUCAGCGGGGGCCAUCGGGCGCAAUGGCUGGCUAUAUAGCUUGAUUCUUAGCUACUCGAUUGCGUUUGUCGAGGUUGACUACAACACGGACCUGCCGAGGCGGGACCCCAAGACGGGCUUCUGCAAGCGGAGCAAGAGUGGCGAGCCGGGUGAAUUCAUCUUCAAGCUGCCAGCUAACGACCACAGCAGCCGGUUCCAGGGGUACUAUGGCAACAAGGAGGCGACCGAGGCCAAAAUCAUGCGCAACGUUUUCAGCAAGGGCGACGCGUGGCUGCGGACGGGUGACGUGAUCAGGGCGGACAACGAAGGGCGACUCUUCUUCCACGACCGGAUCGGAGACACGUUCCGAUGGAAGGGAGAGAACGUCAGCACACAAGAGGUCAGUUUGGUGCUCGGACGACACGACUCAAUCAAGGAGGCCAACGUGUACGGCGUGACGGUGCCGAACCACGACGGGCGGGCCGGCUGCGCUGCGCUCACGCUAUCAGACGCUCUGGCGACUGAAAAGAAGCUGGGCGAUGAGCUGCUAAAGGGAUUGGCUACUCACUCGUCGACUUCGCUUCCCAAGUUUGCGGUGCCGCAGUUCCUACGGGUGGUGCGCGGCGAGAUGCAGUCAACGGGCACCAACAAGCAACAGAAGCACGACCUGAGGGUGCAGGGUGUAGAGCCGGGCAAGGUGGGCGUAGACGAGGUGUACUGGUUGCGGGGAGGGACAUAUGUACCAUUCGGAACAGAGGAUUGGGAUGGGUUGAAGAAGGGUCUUGUGAAGUUGUGAUCUGAUGUUGGCGUACAUACCUUAUAGAAGUGGAGGGUUUUGUGCUGUUGGUUAUUGGUUGUUGGUUGUUCAAGCCCGCCUGUACUUGGUUUAGUGUUUUUCGGUGUAUCUGUUUGUGUUGCAGAAGUGCCAGUUGGGUUCGCGCUCGAAGCUUUCUAGUUCAAUGUCUAUAUUCCCAAUCUACUCCCAUAUACGUUUUAUUGCGAGAGACCCCAAGUGCCACGACUAGAUAUGAUGCCUAAUCUCAAGCAAUCUUA